ACGGUACAUUUUUGUUUUCAACUUUUUAUCACUUUACAUUUCUGAAUCCCAAACAAAUUUUAUAAAAAAAAUACCUAAAUUUUCUUAUCAAUUAUACGUUUUAGUUACAAUUUCUUUAAUUUUUAGUAAAUAACAAUUUUCUGACUCAUGCCGGUAAUACUAUGCAUAGGAAAUUGAUAAUGUACAAAUCGUAAUUUGAGUUAUUCUACGAGCUUGUGAUAAGCUUAUCGGUUUUUAAGCGGCACCGGUCGGCUUGUGUAGACGUUUACACUCCCUAGACGCAUUAUAAACGGAUUGAAAACGUACCUAAAAUGUCUGGUGAAGGUUCCAGUACAAAUGGUAAUAGAAAAGUGGCUCUUAUCACCGGCAUAACAGGACAGGAUGGUUCAUAUUUAGCAGAAUUCCUAAUAGAGAAAGGAUAUGAAGUGCAUGGUGUGCUUAGGCGCUCAUCUUCCUUCAACACGGGUAGGAUACAGCAUUUGUAUGGGCAGCCCACAUGUCACACAGGGGGAAGAAUGCACCUACAUUAUGGUGAUCUCACUGACACCACUUGUUUGAUCAGUAUUAUAACACAGACUCGCCCUAAAGAAAUUUAUAACUUAGGAGCGCAAUCUCAUGUUAAAGUAUCAUUUGAGCUCAGUGAGUAUACUGCCCAAGUGGAUGCGUUGGGUACACUCAGGUUACUUGAAGCUAUACGAGCUGCAGGGUUAGAAAAAGAAACAAAAAUAUAUCAAGCAUCAACGUCAGAAUUAUAUGGAAAAGUUGUAGAAGUUCCACAAAAUGAAAAGACACCAUUUUAUCCCAGAUCUCCAUAUGCAUGCGCGAAAUUAUACGGCUACUGGAUAGUAGUGAACUACCGCGAAGCGUACGGCAUGUUCGCGUGUAACGGGCUCCUGUUCAACCACGAGAGCCCGCGCCGCGGUGAGAACUUCGUUACGAGGAAAAUCACCCGCGGAGUGGCCAAAAUAACACUUGGCCUGAUGCCCUAUCUGGAACUGGGGAAUUUGGACAGCAAGAGAGAUUGGGGACACGCUAAGGACUAUGUAGAGGCAAUGUGGCUGAUGAUGCAGCAAGAGACAGCCGAGGACUUCGUGGUGGCGACAGGCGAGGCGCACAGCGUACGCGAGUUCGUGGAGAAGGCGUUCGGCUGCGUGGGCCGCCGGCUCAGCUGGCGCGGCGCCGGCGAGCACGAGACCGGCCACGAUGCGAGCACCGACCAGCUGCUCGUCAAGGUCAACCCCAAGUACUUCCGGCCCACCGAAGUCGAUUUACUUCUGGGCGAUUCGACGAAAGCUAGGCAGAAGCUAGGAUGGGCUCCUCGCGUGACCUUCGAUGAACUGGUCCGAGACAUGGUGGAGGCGGAUCUCGAACUGAUGAAGAAAAAUCCAGAGGCGUAGGUGACCAGAAAAUGUGCUGCAUUUGUGAGUACGAUGGACGUCGACUCUGCUGUCGUGCACAAUUCUGGUCAGCGACGCUGUGUGCUCUCUUCCUAACGAGAGAAACAGCUGCUAAUCUACGAAAUAAAAAAAAAAAUUGGGUGGUGCUUGAGAAUGACUAAAGGAAGUGAAACUUCUAUAAAGCUAUUGUACCCCUGUAACGUUAUGUUACAUGUUGCAACGCAUCACGAAAUUGCGACAGAUUUAAGACUUUUUUAUGCUUUUAUCACGCUCCACAUAUACUGUCAUAGAGGCUCAAAUAUAUAGGCGAUAUAUGAUAUGUAAUCAUGCAAUAUCUAAAAUAUAAACUUAUAUUUAUACAAGAUUUGUCAUAAUGACUAUAUACAGCCGAAGCCAGUUGUUGUAGUUGAUAAUAUUUAUGACAUGAGUAUUAACAACUUAUAUAAAUAUUGAAUGUGUUAGAUCCUAACACGGGCAAAAUUGUACAAGUGACAUAGAAAACAUAUUAAUUUAAAAUUUAUUCCAAAUAAAAUUAAAUCAAUAUCUAGUUUUAAUAUCAACUAUUAAUACAUUGUUGUAAAAUUAUUUCCUUAUGUAACACAGAAAAGGACAUAGAUAAGUUAGAAUAAAUGUCUCCACCGUAGAAAGAGGACCGCAAGGUACUGUUCUUAGUCUAUGGUCUCCACCUACAUAUUUUGUAAAUGUAAACCGUCGGUAGUGAAUUUUUUUUUUUUCAUAAGUAUUGGGCGG